GCAAAGGGAGGCAGGGAAGGCUUCACCCGCUGCUCCUGAGCAUGCCCAAGGGUGAAGCGAGCACGCGGUCAGUAGGUGGAGUUUGGUGCUCGGCUCUUCUGGACGCUCCUCCCGGUGUUGCCGAGCAGAGAAGGAAGCAUCGGCGCCUCGCCGUUUUCCCGCCGGAGAUCGCGGCGGCGAGCUGUGGAAGGGCAGCAAUGGAGGGCAGCGGGAAAGAAGAGGAAGCAUUAGUGUCCAGCUUAUAUGAACAGAACAGUGAUGUCUCUCAUUAUCAGGUGCAAAGGGAGCUGUUUUCUUCUAGCAGUUGUGAGGAAACGAGACUUGUGCCAUACUUAACUUCUGGGGAAGCUGAAAAACUUUGUUCGGUUAUUCAGUCCUGUGAUUCGAGUUUUAAGAAAGAUCAACUGGGGACAGAAUCAUCCAGCCAACUUGGAAUGUAUUUGAGUUCUCUAAAUGAAGAAAUGGACAGUUCAGAUGAUCAUGUCCCAGAAAGCAGAGAGAGAGAAUCCUUAAAGGAGAACUCUAGUUUGUACAGCAGACUUGUGGAUAAACACCGGACCAGGAUGAAAGAACUGUUGCCAUGCCUUAAAGGGAAACCUGAGGAUUGCUCCGUGGAAGAAAGACAGAGUGAAAGUGAAGCAAAAUGGUUGUGUGAAGAUGCCAUUCAGGAUGAUGUCACUUUUCAGAGAAAGCUACGUAAUGCAGAGUUGGCAAUUGGUUCAGCAGAAAUGUUUUUGCCAUCGUUUAAAGAAACUCUUGCUAGAAUUUCAAAAGCUUGUUACAUUUCUGCAUCAGAUAUGCUAAAGAUUUCUAUGCAAGAGGAUUUACUGGUAAAGGAGCUAGAAGCUCUCAAAAAUAUGAAGGGACUUUUACAGCAGCUGCUUAGAUCAAGCAAGGAAAAAGAACUUAUAAGCAGACAGAUUGAAGAUUUGAUACAGAAGUUGACUGAAAGUGAAACUGAAGCUGUAGAUCUCAAAAAUGAAGCACUUCAAAAAGAGAGAUAUAUUUUAGAGCUUUCUACUCAGCUUCAGCAAGAGAAAGCUAAUGUAAUUAAAGCAUCACGCCAUUCUGAAUCAAUACAGUCGGUGCAAAUUCACUUGCAGUGCCAGAUAGAGAGAAAGGAGGCUGAGAAUAAUCAACUGAGAACAAAAUUUCAGACUGUAGAAAAGAAAAUUACUGAACGGAAGCUACAAGUUGGAGAAUAUAAGCAACAGAUUUUGGCUGAAAAGGAAAAAAGAGAGGAGAGGAGGAAUGCCCUGAAAAGAGCAGCUAGCGUUCAGAAACAAAGAGCUGAACUUUUGAAAGCAGCUGUGGAAAGCUUAAUUUCCAAAAUUAGAGAGAAGGAAAUCCAAUUGUCUGAGGUACUUUCAGCUUGUAAUGUCUGGAAAAGUCAUCACGAGACGGUAGUAGAUGAAAAAAACAGGUUAGAAGUUCAGGCUGAAACUCUGAAAAAACAGAUAGCAGACCAUGUGAUGGAACUAGAAAGGAUACGUAAUAACGGAAGAAAGUCAAACAGCGAGAUUCUCGGAAAGCUUAGUGCUGUCACCUCUGAAAAUGAAAAUAUUUCUCUUGAAAAUGCAAAAUUAAAGGCAUCCUUUGCAGCUUUGAAAGUGAGUAUUAUUUCAGCAGAAGCUGAACUUGUAGAUUUGCAUGAAGAGGCACAGCAGCAAGAAAAUCUGGUUGAGCACUAUAAAACUGAGGUGGGAAAAAUAGAAAUAGAAUCUGAGGAAUUGAAAACCAGGUAUGAGAAAGUCAUACGUGAGAGCAUAAACGUAACAGACGGCAAAGAUUUAGAAAUGGUUGCGAUGAGGGGCCAGACGGAAGCUCGCUUGAAGGAGCUAGAACGUGCCCGUGAUUUACAGAAAGCAGCUGAAGGGAAACUGCGCAAGGGUCAGGAAAGCCUGCUGGUUUGCCAGAAGAGCUGUCUAGAUAAAUCCAAAACCAUUAGGGAGUUUCAGGUUCAGGUAGGCGACAAUGACGGUUUCUUGAAACAGCUUUCUUUAGAAGAGGAGAACCGCAACAUUCAAUUGAAAUAUGAAGAAGUUAAAAGAAAAUUAGAAGAAAUGGAAUUACAAAACAAAAAACUUGAGAAUCAGUUGGCAAACCAAGAAGCAUGUCUUCAGAAAACUGAGCUGCAGUUCCAACAGAAACUUGCGGAUUAUGAUGCUUUAACCAGACAAUUGGAAGCUGCCUUGGAAGAUGGAAGCAAAAAGUUAGAAGAGGAGAUGGAAAAAAUAAAUUCUAAGGAAAGAGCCUUUCGGAUGAAAAUAUUGGAUCUAGAAAAUGAAUUAAGACGGAAAAAAGAAGAGCAGAAACAUUUGUCUAGAAGACUGGAUGCUAGAGAGAAACAUCGUGAACUGUCUUUGAAGGAAUUAGAACACAGCCUUCAAAGAUCAGAAAACCAGAACCAGAGUAUCCAGAAUUAUGUAAAGUUUCUGAAAACAUCCUAUGUAACAAUGUUCAGUUGAAUUCUCUUGUUUCUUUCAAAACAUCUUGGGUGGCUUUUUGUGUGUUCUUGUCACAUUAGAUCCAGUUGUGUUUGGCAUUUUGUCCGCAAUGCUAUCUGAAGUUCCCAUUUUAUUAUAAUUUCUAGCAAUAUGCUCCCAAAAACUGCUUUUAUAUACACAUUGGGGGGCACCAGGUUUGAAGAAACAAAGCCAAGCAAGCUAAAAGGUAGAUCCUGUCACACUAUGAACACUUACCUGAAGCCAAACGGAUACUUGCUGCUCUGUGAUAUUAAAAUGUUUCACCCACAGGGAUAUAUUUCAUCUUGGAUUUGUCAGAAUUGGGACUUACUGAAUCAUAUUCUGAUGGUGGUCAUAAUUGUCUAGACUGGGAGAUUCCUUGUAGAUUGUUGUUCGCUUCUCGGUCUUUCUUCUGUACUUUGAUCUGCCUGCCCAUCAUUGAAUUAAAUGAAGAAGCUCAAUCUUGUAGGAGCAUCAGCAGCUGAUGCUAAGGUCUUGAUUUAGGGGCAAUAUACUUGGCUAAGAAUGAGACAACCCCAGUAAAGAUUUAUUUUGAUGCUGCCUAUGCAUUGCUGAAGAUGUUCCUUCUGGCUUCAACAAAGGCUUUAGCUGCUCUGUCUGGUUCACCCUCCUGAACUGUGAAGAGUUAUGCCCAAAUUAAUCAAAAUCCCAUUUAUUAUAUUUCUAGGAGAAGCAAAUGAAAUUAUAUGUUUUCACAAAAUGCAUUUCUGUAUCUAUAAUCACUAACAUGAGAUGUCAUGCUCUAUUGAGAAUGGCCAGUGAGACUUUUAAACGUGUAUUUAUGUUUAAAUUACCCUUAGCACUAUCAUGCUGUAAAACUGGAUUGGAGAACGUGUGGCCCUCCCAGAUAUUGCUAGCUGAACUACAGCUCUCAUCAUCCCUGACAAUAAGCCAUCUGGCUAGGGCCGAUGCUGGUUGAAGUCCAACAACAUCUGGAGGACCACAGAUUUCCCAUCCCUGCUCUAAAACUUCCCAACGUGUGUCUGUUAUAAGGAAAAAGACUGGGAGUAAUGCUAGAUGACAAGCUGGUAGAUUUCUUUCAGUUGCCCCAUCCUCAAAUUGCAACAGCUUCCUUGAUUGAGACCGCAUCCCUUCUGUCUGUUUUGAAUGUAUAUAUAUAAAAAAAUUGAGAUUGGUUGCACCUCUUCCAGUGUCUCCUCUUAUUUGCCUCAGAUCAUAGAGAUCCUACACACACUACACUAAAAAGUAGCAUGAAGCAUUAGUAUCUAAAGAGCAGUUCUGUGUUCAUACGUAACACUAGGCCAUGGUUUUUAGUUUAACAAACCAGAAGCCAUCUCACAGACAAGCAAACAAGCCAUGGUUUAUUUCUACAAAGCUUGAUUUCUUUUCCAGCUGCUCUUGCCUCAUCUGUCUGUAGCUCAGGGAACAUCUGGGGUGGGGUGGCCAAACAAACCAUAAUUAAGCAAGAUUCCUGGGUUUAGAUACAACACCAAACCACAGUUAAAACAAGCCAUGGGUUGUAAGCCAACAACAGACUGUAGUUUCACAUUGUGCCUGCUUGGCUGGAUUCAGGUGUUCAAACAAACCCUAUCUUGACUCUAAAAAAUGGCUUGGUGAACUAGGCUACAGUUUCAAAAAUGUUUGUUUACAAAAAAUCCUUGCAAAGUGCAAAUCAGUUUUAAUCAAAUUAAAAUAGGCACCCAGUAAAAACAUAGUUGUUACAUUUUGUUUUAUGUUGUACUUGCUGUUUGAUACAUUUUUUACUGAAAUGGUUUUUAAAGGACUUGACAAUAUUGAUAUGAUACUGGUUUGUUUAGAUUUGCUGUUUA